GAGUUGGCCAGUAAGUUAUCAACCUGACAACAUGUCUGCUGGGCUGCCUCUGUGUUUAGAGAACUAGGAAUGAGACAUUGACAGAACCCCGUACUACACUGGUGGCAGCGGUGGGAUAGGAUGGGAGUCUCUGACUGUGAUCGCAUUUAAUGCUCGGUAGUCUACACAAAACCUGUAGGUAUUGUCUUUUUUUCUCACCAUCACAAUUGGGCUGGCCCAUGGACUGAAGCUUUCCUCAAUAAUGUCUCGUCUUAGUAGCUCAUCGACCUGAGUCUGUAUUUCAACUCUCAUACUCAGAAAGGACACAUCACAGAAAGUCAGAUGUUGAUGUUGCCAAAGUUUGCUCCCAUCAACAUUCCUCUCCAUCGGCGUUUGGAGACAGGAGCUGUUCUAAUAUGGUGGUACAUCUUUAUGUGGAUUAGAAUGACAGUUCAAUUAUUUCUUGUAGUUCUACUCUUUACAAGAUAUUUCUGGGUGUCUUUCGUCCUGAUGGGUUGGGCCUACUAUGACAGACACACCUCAAAGAGAGGGGGUCGCCGUAGCGACUUCAUGCGCCGUUGCCGCAUCUGGAAGAAAAUGGCAGACUACUUCCCGGCUCAUCUGGUGAAGACCGCGGAGUUGGAUCCGAACCGGAACUUCAUCUUCGGAGUGCAUCCCCAUGGCAUCAUGAGUGUUGGUGCCUUUAUCAACUUUGCAACGGAAGCGACGUUCUUCAGCGAGGUCUUUCCUGGGAUAAAGCCCCAUCUUUGCACCCUCUCCGUCAUGUACACAUAUCCAAUCGCAAGGGAUUUGAUGAUGGCUGGGGGUAUGUGUGAUGUGAACAAAGAGAGCAUAGACUACCUUCUAGGCCAGUCAGGACCGGGGAAUGCGGCCGCCAUCGUGGCAGGCGGGGCGGGCGAGUCUCUAGAAGCUCGGCCGGACAAUCAUGUGGUCUGCUUGAGAGAAAGGAAGGGAUUCAUCAAAAAGGCUCUUCAGCAUGGGGCGCAUCUUGUUCCCUGCUACACGUUUGGUGAAAAUGAACUAUACCACCAGUUUCCAAACACGGAGGGAUCAUGGACACGAUGGAUACAGCAGCAUAUGACCAAGAUUUUCGGCUUUGCCGCACCAAUCUUCUACGGGAGGGGCGUAUUCCAAUAUAGCUUUGGAUUUCUGCCUUACAGGAAAGAGCUUAAUACAGUUGUUGGUAAGCCCAUUCCUGUGGAGAGGAUGGACACACCCACAUCAGAGGCCAUUGAAGAACUAUGGCACACCUACAUCAAGGCCCUGCAGGAGCUUUUUGAGGAGAAUAAGGUCAAGUAUGGGGUCAGGGGUGACCUAACCCUCCAGGUCAAAUGAGGUCAAAGUUUUAACAAUAAAUUAUUACCUUAAACUACAACCUACAGGUCCAAUGAGGUCAAAGUUUUUAUAAAAGGGGUGUAACCCUUUUGAUGAAAGGAGGUUUCUUUUUUUUUUAGGAUGACCUAACCCUUCAUGUCAAAAGAGGUCAAAGUUUUAGAAAAAGGGUGACCUUAUCCUGCGGGUCAAAUGAUGUUCAAGUUUUUAAGAAAGGGGUAUCUUCCCAAAUUAAGACCAUUGUCGUGUAAUCCUUGUUUAAACUUCUGCAGAUUCUUGUAAGGUGAAUUAAGGUAGACCAUGCAGGUUUGGGUUACAUUACAUGGCAUAUUGUACUUAAUAGUCUUUGAACUGAUUCAUAAUGUUGUACAGUUUUAUGAUGGGUGGGUGGGGGGGGGGGGGGUGGUUGCAUUUGGGCAGGCACCUAGGGUAGUACUAAAAAAUAAAAAUGCUCUGCCUGUCACUUACACCAUCCCCCACCCCGCUACAUUGAUUUGAUUUUAAGAUGCCGUUUAACAUCCACUUUUGGCUACGCUUUUUACAUGUAAAUAUUUGAACCAUGUAUUUUAUCAUAAAUUAUGAAUUAUAAUCACAAAGAUAUUAUUUAAAAAAGAAUUUAUAAUCUUGAUUCUAGUCAGUAAUACCUUGUUACAUUUGAAAUAUGUAUCUUACAGUUAAGUCAGAAUGCCUUCAUUCUAAAGAUCUGAUAAAACAUUUGUCAGCUAAGUUUUAUAAUAAUAAUAUACAAAUAUACCAGGCUUUGAAUAGUAUAAUGGGAUUUAUCCAAGGUUGGACUGACCCAAGUAAAAUAACAUUAUUUUAUGCAGGGCCCACUGGUAAAGCAGUUUUAUAACUUAAGUAGCUACCCUGGGUAAAUAAAACAUUAUUAUUCCUCAUAUCCUACCUCAGGUGUUAGCCUUUUUUCCUUAUUUUUGUUUCUUUCAAACAAAUAAUGUUAUUAUCAAUAUUAGAUUCCCCUCUCACAAAAUUUGACAGUCUUCCACUACCCAUAUAAAAAUUUAACAAAUGCUAAACUUUGCAUUCAAAUACUUGCAACAACAAGGCUUUUAAGCUAUGAAAAACAUAUUCUGAUUAUAAUAGUUGAUGGAUAUCAAUGUUAUUGAGAUUGUGAUUUACCACCAGAGAAUAUAUGGUUGAUAUGAACACCUUGGAUGAUGGUUCGUGUUCGCUAUACUACACAAACUAUUGGGUUGUGUCCAUCAUGAAUAGACUGUCGAUUUAGGAUUUGUUUGAAUUUCUGUAAAAAUAAGCAUAAUUGAUGCAAAAAAUAACUUUCCAGGCAUCUAUAAGAUGUACUUGAACGAUAAGCAUCUAGUUAACUCCUUUUUCAUGGUUAUCAGUCUCAAACUGCAGGUUUUAAAUUGACAGUCAAUGUAGUACAUUGGAAAUACCUCUACAGGUUUUUUUUUCUUCAGUAUUUGUACGUUUUGGACAAUUUAUUACCUAUGUAAGUAUCAUUGUAUUCAUAGUGCGAUGUAUUCAAACUGUUAUACAUCCGAAAUGAAGUGUGCUUUUGUAUUGUUGCAAUUUUAUGGGCAUGUCAGGUAUGUGAAAAUACUUUGGUAAUAUGGAUUUAUACUCGCAGUAUGGUGUGUUUUCACAUUUUUUCUAAUUUUCUAUGGUCAGUGUCCCUAUGUACUGUAUCUCAGCAAUUCUUUGAUGCAUGUAGAGGCAUGCACUCGAGGUAAACACAAGUGCCUGUAUUCUGGGUUUAUUUCCAAUUCGUCUAAUGCCAAUUCGUUCAAUUGCCAACUUGUCUACUAUCAUGUGGUCUACCAUCAGUUCGUCCACUCACCACAUGGUCAACUUUCAUUUAGUCUAAUGCCAUUUCGUCUAAUAAGCAGUUGGUCCAAUGGCCAUUUAGUCCAUAUACCAUUUGGUCUAAUUGGACUAAGUGUUAAACUGUGCAAAAUUAAUGAAAAUGAAAUGGAUUUUAUACCAACUGGUUAUGAGACGAAGUGGUCAUGGACGAAAUGGUGAUUAGACAAAGUGAUGAUUGGACCAAAUGGUUAUUGGACCAAAUGGUUGUUAGACAAAAUGUUGAUGGACAGAAUGGCAUUAGACUAUAUGAAAGUAGACUAUGUGGUGAGACGACAAGUUGGCAGUAGACGAAUUGGCAAUUUACCGUAUUCUUAACCCCAGUUUAACUCUAGACCAUGGUCUAACUCUACGGACAAUAUCAAAUGGUAUUUCAUAGCAAUUGUAUAGUUAACCUGAGGUCACAAACUUUUACUACACUUUUAUGGAGUGCAAAUCAUGCCUCAAACUUCAAUUAUUGCAGCAAUUGUGUGUUAAUUUACUUAAUUGAAUAUGAGACGGCACCUAUGAAUGUUUUCUAACAGAAAUAUGGUACAAGAUAUGUGUGCUGUGGAUCAUCAUCCUGUUGCCAACUCAUAUACAAAGUAUGAGAUAUUUCAAUCCUGAAAAGUCUUCCAUAAUCAUUUUUUUUUAAUGAAAUUGUGGGAAACGGAUAAUAGGAGUUUCUGUGUAUAUUAGAUUUCAAUGACUCAUUGUGUACAUUAAAUUUGUCAUGAAUAUUGAUGAAGUACGAUUAGCCCUGGCAUUUCCAUAGAAGAGUAGCCUAGAUGCUUAUGUAAUUAUCAUACCACCCAAAGAAGAUCAUGGGUUGAAUCUGAAUGGCUCCCUCUUGUGUUAAGGUCAUAUUUUGUCUCUGAUUCAUCACAAUAAUAAUGGCCCAUAUUCUGAAGUCGGGUUUAACUUAGACCAUGGCCUAACUCUGUGCUAAAAUUAUGGGAUGCCAAAAACCUCUAAAUCUCUUAGUCUGGUAUAUUUCUAAUGUUUACUAGAUUUCUCCCCCUUAUUGUGAUCGCUAUACUACACAGACUAUCAGGUUGUGUCCAUAGUAAAUAGAGUGUCAAUUUAGGAUUUGUUUGAAUUUCUGUAAAAAUAAGCAUAAUUGAAUGAUGCAAAAAAACUUUCCAGGUAUCUAUAAGUUGUACUUGAACGAUAAGCAUCAAGUUAACUCCUUGCUUUCAUGAUGACGAAAAAUACGUCACUUAAGUCUUAUCAUGAUUUGAUUUUCAAAUGAAUUGAUAAAAUAAUCAUCUACUCGCAGAGAUUUGUGCCACAAUUGGUUUUCUUAGUCUGGUAUAUUUCUAAUGUUUACUAGAUUUCUCCCCCUUAUUGUGAUCGCUAUACUACACAGACUAUCAGGUUGUGUCCAUAGUAAAUAGAGUGUCAAUUUAGGAUUUGUUUGAAUUUCUGUAAAAAUAAGCAUAAUUGAAUGAUGCAAAAAAAACUUUCCAGGUAUCUAUAAGUUGUACUUGAACGAUAAGCAUCAAGUUAACUCCUUGCUUUCAUGAUGACGAAAAAUACGUCACUUAAGUCUUAUCAUGAUUUGAUUUUCAAAUGAAUUGAUAAAAUAAUCAUCUACUCGCAGAGAUUUGUGCCACAAUUGGUUUUCCAUAGUUAAACCACAACUUCAGACCAGAUGUUGAAAUAAACCCGAGUUUAGAGUACGGGCCAUUUGGUUUCUUUUUAUAAUUGGUAUUAUUACAAUGUAGUAAAACCUUUUCUGGCAAUAACACAUUUUCAUGAUUAUAUUUUUAUUUUCUUAUAUGCCGAAUGGAUGCUGGCAAAGGUCUGCUAUUUGCCAGGUAUUAAUGAAUGUUAUUAUGCAAUAAUUUAUUAUUGUACUAUUUUGUUGAUAUUUUGUCUGAUUCAGGCUUGUACUUCUACCUUCAGGUCGACUGAAAACUGUAGACAGCUGCAUAUUUGGACUAAAUAUAUGUCCUUACAGAUCGAGGCACAAUUUAUUAUACAAUAUCAUACAUGAUUAGUUUUAUAUUGAUAGAAUGAGUCUUUUGGGGUAAGGGUUUUGUUCACAAAUAUUGAGUCUUAUUCUAAUCGAAGUCAAUGUUUUUAAAGUAUUUGUUGGUAUUAUAUUAAAGUAAAGAGAGGAGUAUUAACUCACAAGUUGCAACUGUAGACAUUGUGAUGUAACUUGCCUCUUUAAGCUAUUAGUUUCACUUCUAAUUGAAAGUACUCACAAUAGAUAAUUCACAAUCCAGAUACCGUGAUCUGUGGUUUCCAGUUGGCCUGUGCUUCCCGUUUCUAUUACGAUUAAUUGCUUUUCUCAGGAAUGUGCAACUUUUAUUUUUGCUUUUUGGUUUGAAAUGCCCUGUAUUUGACAAUGUUAAAUGUUUAAAUAUGUAUGAAUGGUCUCAGGAAGGCAUUAUCGUUGAACAAUAAACAAUUUUCAAAUCAAAACUUACUAGACACAUCUAUUUAACAAGCAUUUCUGGAGUUCUUGUUAGUACAGUAGAAUGUAUACUUUCUCGUUGAAUACUUCCUGUGUUCUAUGGAUUGUCUACUACUAUCAACAUUGUGCAGAGAUUCUUGGAGAGAUCACUUUAUAUAUGACUGAUUUUCUCAAUAAUAUUUGACAAGCCCACCUACAUGUACCCCCUCUCCUAAAUAAAAGAGGUAAAGGCAAGAAAUUACCCAAUUGUCAGAAUAAUUAUGAAAAAAAGGGAAAUUGCUAUCAUGAGAGAGGGGGUAGUAUAUUCCUCUAUGCAGACAACUGGAAAUUCAAAUUCAAAUUGUAUGUUGAUAUUAAUCAAAACAAAAAGGAAUAUUUGUGCAACAAAUCGCUGAAUUGUAAUUGAUUGCUAGUCUAUGUCUUGUAAUUGAGAGUACAAAUUUAUUUGCUAGAUGAAAUUUACCUCUCAUUCGUAAAUUUGAAAUUGAUACUUGUAAUUGAUUGCAAAUGUAGUUCUGUGGCCAUCACUAGCUCAAUUGACUUGAUGGACUCUGAGGUUUGAGCCUCGGUGACAUAAAGUUUAGCCAUUGAUCACAGAGCUGAUUUCUACGAUCGAUUGCAUUGAUUAUUGUGCAUGAUCAGUUGUAAAAUAUAGCCCAACAAUCAAUCACAAAGUUUCUGUUUCAGGGCCCAGAAUGAUAAUAUACCAAAGAUUCAACCUUUAACCAUGGAGCUCUAUGCUUUAACCAUUGCAGGUAGUUCAAUAUGUUGGACAUUAUAUGUGCAUGUAUGAUCCGUCUUAUGUGACAGUAUUAAGAGUUUGAGCUUGUUUUUUAAAUAAAGUUUAUCUAUAUUUCA